GGCGUUUGGCAUCAGAAUGUCAGGAGAAGCGAUGGAGGCAUGUCCGCCUCUGCCUCGCCGUGGGCUGCAAGGUAGCUUAGACGUGCGCCCGCUGGCUCGACCGCGCAGUGACGCGCGCGGCGCGCCAGACACCAACAGCCUGCCGGUAUGGGGAGCGCUCUCACCCUCCCGCCUCCAUCUGCGACCCUCUCACGCCCCUGUUCCCACGCCGCCCAGUCUCCCCUCCGUGCUCCACCGGGCUCUCCCCGCACACACUCUUUUGCCUCUCUGCCGCACCAUGGCAUCAUCCACCUCCGACGGCCAUGCCGCGCUCGCCUCGACAGCACGCGCCUGGCUGGCCCUCGACCCCGACGCGAAGUCACGCGCCGCGCUCGAGCAGCUCCUCGCCGACGCCGAGGCCGAGCCGGCUGCGGCGGCCGAGCUGCACGCCGCCUUUGCCUCGCGCCUCGAGUUCGGCACUGCCGGCCUGCGUGGCGUCGUGGGGCCUGGUCCGGCGCGGAUGAACCGCCUCGUGGUCAUGCAGACGACGGCCGGCCUGGCGCGCUAUGUGCGCGAGCAGCGCCGCGAGCAGGCCGGCGUCGUUGUGGCAUACGACGGACGUCUUGACUCUGAGGCAUUCGCGCAUGCUGCCGCGGGCGUGCUGGCCGCGGCCGGCGUGAGGGUGCACCUCUUCACCGUGCCGGCGCCGACGCCCAUGUGCGGCUUCAUGGUGCGCCGCCUCAGCGCCGCCGCCGGCAUUGUCGUGACGGCCAGCCACAACCCGCCCGAGUACAAUGGCUACAAAGUGUACUGCGCCGCUGGCACCCAGAUCAACGACCCGGUCGACGGCGAGAUUGCCGCGCACAUCGACGCUGUGGCCCAGGAGGGCCGCACGCCUCCCGCAUGCACGCUGGUCGAGGCACGCGCAAAGGACAUGCUGUCGGAUCUGGGAGAGGAGGACUUUGAAACCUACAUCGGCGAGGUGCUUCGCGUCACGCCGGCGCCGAGCGCGCCGGCAGCGGCCUUCAAGGUCGCCUACACGCCGCUGCACGGUGUCGGCGCCCACAUUGCAGAGCGGCUGCUCAAGCGCCGCGGCUAUCAGGGCUUCACUGUGGCCGAGCAGCGCGAGCCGGAUGGCCACUUCCCGACGGUGAAGUUCCCGAAUCCCGAGGAGCCUGGAGCCAUGGACCUGGUCAUGGCGCUUGCUGACGAGAAGCAGUGCGCCGUGGCUAUUGCAAACGACCCCGACGCCGACCGUCUGUGCGCAGCUGCACGCGACAGCACGGGCAAGCUGCGCCAGCUGACCGGCGACGAGCUGGGCACACUGCUCGGCGACGCCAUGCUGCGGCAGCUCUCUGCCGACAGUGCUGCGUCGCCGCCGUGGGUGCUCAGCACCAUCGUCAGCUCGCGGCUGCUUGCGCGCCUGGCGGGAGCGUACGGCGCGCGGCAUCGCGAGACACUGACGGGCUUCAAGUGGCUCGGCCCUGCGGCGUCUGCGCUGACGUCCAAGGGCGAGCGCUUCGCCUUUGCGUACGAGGAGGCGCUCGGCUACAUGGCCUGCAGCCUCGUGUGGGACAAGGACGGCCUCUCGGCACUGCUGGCGCUGGCAGACCUCGCCUGCGCGCUCGAUGCCGAGGGCAAGACGCUGCUCGGCCGCCUCGAGGAGAUCCAGCGACGCGUCGGCGUGGCCAUCACCACGCAGCGCACGAUCCGUCUGCAGCCGGGCACGAGCGGCAGCAGCAUCAUGAAGCGCGUGCGCGCCCAGAAGCCAGACCGCAUCGGAGACUUUGAGCUGGCCCUGGUCGAGGACCUCCUCGACGGCCGCCCGCCGGCGGACACGCCCGAAGGCGAGAUCCCGAAGAACGACGUGCUGCGGUACUUCUUCGCCACCGCAGACAUCUCCAAGGAGAGCGCGCGGAAGGAGAUCAUGCUCGGCGCGCCCCGCAUCCAAGUCCGGCCAAGCGGCACAGAGCCAAAGGUCAAGAUCUACUGCGAGGCACUGGGCGAGGUGCGCGCAGGCGAGUCGUUUGAGGCCGCUCAGCAGCGCAUUCGUGCAGAGCUGGACGCCAUCGUCGACGUCGUGUACGCCUGGCUGGUCGCAGACGCAUGAAAUAUACAAAGCGCUGCAUUGACACAUGCGCCAUCUAGCCCUCG